AGUCUCGUUCAGUAUUUACGCGUAGUUACACUCAGUUUUGUUGUUUCUUUUUUCUCUUCGGUAUGCUGUGGUGUUCAGCACCUACUUUGCCUCUUACUCUCCAUCAACACUUGGAAAUUCCAUAUUGAAAUGGAUAUAACUUCGAAUUGAACUAAGUCAUUCAUUUUAUGGUUCCAGUUAAAUGUGUGUUCUGAUAAAUGAUAAAAAAAGGAGAAUUGAGUAAAUGCGACACUGUAUAACUACGUUCGAUUGUCAAGACUUGAUUAUUUUAUGAAAAUGAGCUUAAAAACAAGUUGUGCUGUCUAAAUUUGAUUUUUUUUAUUUGAUGUUAAAAACAAAUGGUGAAUGAAACUGUGUACAUUGUCCAAGCAGUUUGGUGGACAAUAGAUAUGGCUUUGUGAGUCCAUUGAAACAAAUUGAUGUGGUAUGAAGUGAAAAAUGUGAAAGAAAAUCUUCUUAGUACUGACCGUGAAUAAAUCAAUUUGAAGUGAAGAAAAUAAAAACUCGGCAAAUAUUGAGUUGCUUUGAUUUGUUUCAUCGAAAGAAAAAAUGUCGUGAUUCGGACUACUAACGGAAUACGAAAACUAUAGUAACAAAAACAGUUAUCAAGCGAAAAUUCGUUGUAGUUCUAUCAUGUACAUGAGUUGAAGCCAACAGAAAAAACCGAUAGAAUAUUAUGAAAAUAAAAAAACGUAAAAAAGUAUAGUAGUGUGACUUUUUUUUAAAGCGUAUAUUCAGUGAAAUAACAAAAGCCUUAAAAGUUUGUGCAUAAAAAAAAAACAAGAAUAGAUCAAAAUAAUUUAAAGCAGUGAGAUUGAUGUGUGAGCGUGUGUAUGAAGAACCAAUAUCAAAAUGUUCAGAAAAGGCUUGAAGUUUUUCGUUUGUUCCGGAUUACUUUUAUUGGGAUUCGUUGUCGGAAAUAAUGAACCAAAGCUGGAUAGUAUAGAUAGAAACAACGAAGAUACUAAUAAAUUCGAUGGGAUAAAGACGACCACCGAAAGUUUGGAGAUAUCAUCAACGUCGAUGAAAAAUGAUAAAGAAGAGCACAGUACCAUUGCUGCAAUGGCAAAGUUAACAUCUCUUUCAAGCGCUACAACAUUGGCCCCUCCUCAGUCCAGCGAAAAAUAUACGACUAUUUCAAGCGGUCUUUCUCAAAGCGUCAACAAUAUUAAUGAAGAAGAAAGAAGUACGAUUGGUGUAAUUACAGAAACUGAAGCGUCAAUUGAUGCGACAACAAAAAAUGUGCAAGAACAAAACAAUAAUGGAGAAAACAGCGAUGAAACGACCGUGGAAAUUGAACGAGGAGAACAUUCGAGUGAUACUGCUGUCACAACAGUGUCAGUCGAUGCAGUUACCGAGACACAAAAGCAAAUUAAAUCGGAUGCACUUAGUGGCUCGGUUAACUCAAGUAUUGUCAAGCCAAACGAUCGAAGUCGAGUGGUAUCCAAGGAUGAUAUUGAAUCAAUUCGAGGACGUGCUUUGAACCUAAGCAGCACGGAGAGUAAGCAGCCGAAAUCCGCUGGUGUCAUUUACGUAACAGUGUCUCCUGUCCAGAAUAAACCAAUGCAUUCCAAGUCAUUCAGCGAUGACUUAAGUGACGUUAGCAUGGACAAUGAUGGCAUGGAUUUGAACAGCAGCGAACAUAUGGUAGCUACAACACAAACUUCACUGAAUCAUGACACAAAAUGUAAAUCUAAAGAUGACUGUAACAAUGCUGAUGACAAAUCAUCUCCAUCACUAUUCCAUGACUCAGGUUCAAUUAAAGCAGUACCAACUGCCUUUGAAGUGGUACCAGCACCGACGAAAGCAACAGGAGACGUGACAGAAACAGAAACACCACCAGAGAGUGGUGAUUAUUGUGUUUUCAAAGGGAAAAAGUAUGCCAUUAAUGAAAAAAUCGAGGAUGGUUGUGAACGCAUUUGCAAAUGCAUUGCAUCGUCAGUUACAGUCGAAUGUGAACCACGUUGCCCAAAAAUGAAUCAUACAACUGCAACCCAUGAGCAAUGUGUCAUCGUUCCAGAUCCAAAGGAUUUGUGCUGUCACAUUGAAUUAUGUGAUGUCACAUUAGAUGAUCACGACCAAGGCAGUGCAAUCGCUAUUGUGCCAGCACCACCGUCAUUUGAUGCGAUGAAAAUGAAGAAAGGAAAUCGAACAAUAAACUUAUCGAGUAGCGACUACAAAGAACGUGCAUCGACCUCUGCUAGCUCAAUUCCUUCUGUUGCUGCAGAUACAGCUGAACAUGAUCCAAAUGAGAAAUACGAUUGUGAAUAUAAUGGCAGCAAGUACAAAAUUGGUCAGCAAUUUAACGAGGAUUGCGAAUCAUUGUGUAUUUGCAUGGCUGAGGGUGUUCAUUGCGAAAAAAUUCAAUGCCCUUCAACAUUCGGAUUGGAAAUUAUGGAUCCACAUUGUUUGGAAUGGGCACCAGAGCCAGCCACAUUCCGGGCCAUCGUUCCAAAAUGCUGUCCAGAGAGAAUGCGUUGCAUCGAUAAUGGAACAUGCGAAUAUAGGGGGCAAUAUUUUGACAAUUGGAGUGAUAUUCCAUCGAAUUUGACUGGAUGUGAACAGCACUGUUUCUGUGAACGAGGAAAAGUCGAGUGCCGGCCGUCUUGUUCAGUGCCUGCUAAGCCCCCGAAGCAUUUGAAAUGCAAUGCAAAACAAGUACCCAAAAUCGUUCCAAUUCCAGACGAUGAAUGUUGUAAACAUUGGGCAUGUGUGGAUGCAUCGAAAAAAGAUUCAACAUCCAUACCACAUAUUUCACCGACAAUCGAUAACCCAUUUAUGCACAUAAAACCAAAUGAAAAUAAUGAUCACAAAGAGGAGAAUGGCAUUCAUCCAUUGUAUCCAACGAACAUUGGUCAACCAAACAAAGGCGUUCAAAUGCCAGCUAAACCAACAAAAGGUGGCUCACAGGCGCCGUCAAAACACGAGCCACCAUCGAAAUACGAUAACUUUGAUAAUUACGAUGAUGUUGAUGAUGAAGAAGAAGAUGAUAAAAAACCUAUUUCACCUGGACCUGGUUUCUUCAAUCCAUCAUUGACCAAACAUCAAUACUCCGAUUACGAUUUCAACGGCGACAACUAUCAUCGCUUGCCACCGCCACACAACAAACCACAGAAACCCGAUCAAUUCAAUCCAUAUAUCAUACAGCACGGUAAUGGAAAACAUGAAUUGAUCAACAUUCUCGGCGGUAACGCACAGAAUCUACCACCUAAUUUGCAUAUCGAACACAUUUUACAACAAUUCCAAGGCGAAAAUGGCGGGUCUGGCGUGGAUGUUGGUGGCCAACAACAGUCACCGUUUGGUGUACAUCAAACACAAAAUGGAAUAACCUAUCCAUUUGGAAUCGGACAGCGUCCCUCGUUACACAUUCCAAACGAAUCAAAUCAGAAUAUCCCCGUUCAACCAGCUGGAUUUGGACUUUCAUCGGAUCUUCAAGUCAUUGCACUGGAGCCAAUUAACAGCCGUACAGUCCGUGUUGUAUUCAAUGUUCCACAGAUUUUUGUUGGAUUACACGGACGCGUUGAAAUUCGCUACACCAAAGGAAGAAAUAAUGACACCUCCACGUGGCAACCACAAAUUUUUGCACCGCCAGAUGAUUUGAUUGCAACAUCUCAACUCGAAUUCGAGCUUGGAAAUCUUGAGCCAAACUCGGAAUAUCGUGUAAAAAUCACAUUAUUGUUGAACGACAUCCAUUCACAGCCUGCGAGCAAAGUUUAUCGUGUGCAAACGCCAUCUGAAGCUGUCAUUACACCACCAACUCUCAUCGAUAGCUAUGAACCACAGCAACCGGUUAUCGGCAGUGGAAAUAUGGCUGAUAUUUUGAAGAACAUUCAAGAUCCAGAGCUUCGUCCAAAUGAAGUUAAUUCCACGUGGAUUCGUUUAUCUUGGCGCAAGCUCAACGAAGAGGAACUGGUUUAUGUGGAUGGAAUUCAGAUUCGUUACAAAGAAGUUGGUGGAAUUAUUUAUGAUGCUACACCAUUGAUUCAUCGGACCAUCGCUUCGUUCACAAUUGAAAAUUUGAAAGCAGAAACUGCAUAUGAAUUUGGAUUGUACUUUAUUCCAUUCCCUGGCCAUGGUGCCGAAUUACGUGCAGGUGAAAUGCUUCAAUUAAGAACUGCUCCAAUUGUAGAUGUAUAUGGAUUCGAUGUAAAUGUUAAUGUCACCAAGAUCAAAAUGGGCAGCGUCGAAGUGCUUUGGAGCGGAGUUCCGUAUCCGGAAGACAAGUUUGUCAAUAUUUAUCGCACAAUAGUUCAAAGUGACAGUGGAAAAGAAGAUUCAAGUGUGUUCAAGGUCGCCAAACAUGAUUCAACAACUGGAACUUUGAUAGCUGAUCUAAAACCAGGUGUUCGUUAUCAACUUUGGCUUGAAAUGUAUCUCACCAACGGUAAAAUCAAGAAAAGUAAUGUUGUUGAUUUCACGACAAAACCAGGCGUUCUAGGAAAAACUGGAAAACUUUCUUCGGAUGGUGAAUUGAAUCAAGCGGGCAUGACCGGCAACUACUACGGUCCAUUGGUGAUUGUAUCUGUGAUUGCAGCGAUAUCAUUGAUGUCUACGCUUGUGUUGCUAUUGAUAGUAACACGAAGACGUGGUCAAUCGGCCUCAAUCACACCACCACGAAAGAAUGAUGUGUCUUAUGACAAUCCCAGCUACAAAGUCGAAUUACAACAGCAAGAAACAAUGAGUAAGUUCGACAUCAUGGAAGAAAACAAUUCACAAAAUGGUACCAAUUAAAUGAUUCAAUUUGCAGACCUAUAGACGAGAUCGGGGAGGAGCCUAUGUGUUGAACGAGUAACAAUGGAAAUGAAAACAUAGUCAAUGCCAAAUCAACAAAUCCAUCCAAAUCGAUAGAGUUGCCAAAUGGAUAAAUCAAAUACACGGAACAAACCAAUACACACACAUACACACAAUUGUUUAAUCAAGCGAGUUCAACGCACUGAUCGUGCAAAUAAAUAUGUAGAAAAUUCACCAUUGCCAUGAUUUAAUAGGCGAUAUGAUGGAGAGUUUAGUUUAAAUCAGGGUUGUAGCGUCUAUACAAGCGUUCGGAGCUCAGUCCCAUCUAGGCUUCAGACUGCAACACAUAUUUACGAUCAAAUUUCCGUAAUUUUUCAACCGUAAAUGGGCUUAUGCCCAGAUACUAAUGCAUAAAUUGAUCUAUGAGGCUGAUUCCUAAUUGACAUUUUUGACCACGCUACGGCCCUGAUUUUAUUGAAUUUAUAAAUUUUGUAAAUAACCAUACAAUACGCAGAUGAGCAUCUCCAUUAUUUGCCAAUUUAUACAAUGUUCAUGAAUUUCCGAUUAAAUUCAAUCAAUUGAUUUAGUCUAACAUCAAAACACUACUAAUAUUAUUUAAGGAGAGUGACAUCGGAUUUUUCGAAAAUAUACAUAGUCAAUUGAUUAUUCAACGACAUUCAAAUAAAACACGACGUUUGCGAUAAUGCAUUGAGCGAUAUUAUUAGCACUGUUGAUUUCGAAAUAACGACCUGUAUAUAGAUAUCUAAACUUAUUUAGAGAGAAAAAAAAAACAUUUAUUUUUGAUUCGACUUAAUCAAUAUAGAUUAAUCUAAAGUAAAAUUCGAAACAUCGAAUAAUAUUUUGAUAUACAGAAAAGAAAUACUAUCUAAAGUUACAAUAAGUCCAUUCAAUUAAAAUUUGUUGAUAAGUCCACCUAUUUCAUAGAUUUUUCGACACAUGAUAUUUAUUUAUAAUAAAAUUAGCUAAAACUAUACUCUUUCAACAA